AUGGGUGACAUAUCUUUCUCGAAUGGGAUUAGCAAUGGGAAUGGCUUUCAUGGCAAUGGCCAUUCGGUGGGAGGAGCACAAAGAAAGAGCUGUUGGUAUGAAGAAGAAAUUGAAGAGAACUUGAGAUGGUGCUUUGCUCUCAAUAGCAUUUUGCACACAGGAGCUACUCAAUUCCAGGACAUUCAACUUUUGGACACAAAGCCCUUUGGAAAGGCUCUAGUCAUUGAUGGAAAACUUCAAAGUGCAGCAGAGAUAGAUGAAUUCAUCUACCAUGAAUCUCUUGUCCACCCAGCACUUCUUCACAACCCAAAUCCCAAGAGCAUCUUUAUCAUGGGGGGAGGUGAGGGUUCUACUGCAAGAGAAUUACUGCGGCACAACACUGUAGAGAAGGUGGUCAUGUGUGACAUUGAUGAG